AUGGCGACAAUUUUCCAAACACUUAGGUUCAAGUACAGUAUCUACAUAAAAUUAAAGUACACAUACAAUAUGCAACCACUAAAGAUAAUUGUUACAGGACCUAUUAGGAGUGGUAAAACAACGAUAUCUAAUUUUCUUGCUGAUGCUACGGAAAUACCCUAUGAUUAUCAUCCAACUAAAGGUGUUCGAAUAUUAGAAUUCGAAGUACAAAACAUAAAUGUGAAUAAUAAACAUAUCACAAAAGAUAUUGAAUUAUGGGACUGUAGUGGAGAUCACAAAUUUGAAAGUUGUUGGCCAGCUAUAAGAAAAGAUGUGCAUGGUGUUAUACUUGUAUAUAAUGAAAAAUCGAAUGAAUGUUUGAAAGAAAUUCAACAAUUAUAUGAUUAUUUUAUUGAUCAAAUAAAAUUAGAUCCAGAUAGAUGUGCAAUUUUCUGUUAUGACCCAGAAAAAAAAAAUCCUGAAAUAUCAAAAAUUAUUUCUUCAACAUUUAUGAAAGUAUCCCAUGUUAAAUGUAAUACAGAAAGUGGUGGAAGUAAAUUAAAAGCAGAUUUUGCAUCAUUCAUAAGUACAAUACUUAAUAAAAUGCAUCAUUAUACAAAUCAAGAAGACAAAAAUAUUUUAAAUGAAAACAUAUUGUUUGCAAAAUAAUAUUAUUCAAUAUUAUAUAGCAUAAUAAAUUCUUAUCAUCUGUUUUUAGGAAUUAUAUUCAAAAAUUUAUUUUUGACGUGAACAUUUUAUUGUAAGAAAAUCAAUUAUCUUUUUUACAAAAUAUUUAUGUACCUUCACAUUCCGUGCAUUAUAAUUAUAACAUACUUACACGUAAAUAUUAUAUAUUGUAUAUGAAAGUUUAGAUUUAUUAUAUAACAUUAUUUUGUUUGCGCGAUAUGUACACAUUGUAAUAAUAUAAUCAAAUAUACUUCCU